AUGGAAGAGAUUGAGGCGUUGGUGGCCGCACGUAAACUAGAUGCAAUGAUGAGUAGAGUAAGAGAAAAACAGAAAGAACGGCGCCUCAUGGCAAACUUCAGGGAGAAGACGUAUCAGGAAUACUCCCUGCCGUUGAAAGUGAAGCGCAGUGUUGUGAUGGAGGACGGCCGGAUUGAGCAUGAGGUAAUGGAGAUUCUGAUGUGCCUGCAGAACCUGUUCGGAUCGAUGGGCCUUCCGUUCACUAUGUGGCAUAUGCCACAUCGGCGCAAUUACACCGGUUUUGGACUACCGGUGAACAAUCCCGAGGGAGCGCGGAUCGUGGAAGCGCUUGAGCAAGAAAAACUGAAUCGAUUAGCCUGGUCUACGGAGUCGCUGCCAUUUGAAACAUUGUCAGCGCAGAUGCGGGGCCUGAAGCUGGAGAACAUGGCCUAUCCAGAACCUAGAGACCACAUGGAAUCACCAGGUGUUACAGACGCCAAAACCGCUGCACCACCGGGCCAGGGUGUUGUGCAGGAUACGGACCACGAUGCCGACCACAACUUGACAUCUGCAUGA